GCGGUCGUUGUUUAGGGGGACGAAUACGGAACCCUAGUUGUAAAAUCUUGCCGCCUUCUUCCAUUUCUCUACCUACAACAACAAUGCCGCCGAAGUUCGAUCCCUCGCAGGUCGUCGACGUCUUCGUCAGAGUCACCGGAGGUGAGGUCGGAGCGGCGAGUUCACUUGCUCCGAAGAUCGGACCUCUCGGUCUCUCCCCGAAGAAAAUCGGUGAAGACAUUGCCAAAGAAACAGCAAAAGAAUGGAAAGGCCUCCGAGUAACAGUCAAGCUGACGGUCCAGAAUCGUCAAGCGAAGGUAUCGGUGGUGCCUUCGGCGGCGGCGCUCGUCAUCAAAGCUUUGAAAGAGCCGGAACGUGACCGGAAGAAGACAAAGAAUAUUAAGCACAACGGGAACAUUUCGUUGGACGAUGUGAUCGAGAUUGCGAAGAUCAUGCGGCCGAGAUCAAUGGCGAAAGAUCUGUCAGGUUCAGUGAAGGAGAUAUUGGGAACUUGUGUGUCGGUUGGGUGUACUGUUGAUGGAAAGGAUCCGAAGGACCUGCAGCAAGAGAUUGGUGAUGGUGAUGUUGAAAUCCCUCAGGAUUAAGGAGCUUAUAUUCAUCGGAUUCGGAUCGCUCCCAAUCCAAUAAUGGAUCAAAAUAAUCAGUUGGGGACGAAUGAAGACGGUGGGUACUCACUCCAAUGAAUGGGUUAGCUUAGAGCCUAGAAUCAGAUUCUGGGCUACGUUUUUUCCUUAUUGAAGGAAUUUGGGUUCUGUUUGGAUUGGUCAUAUCAUAUCAAGAAUCUUGGGUCUGCCUGAUGGAUGAUCCAAAACGGUAAAGGACUCUUUUGCUGACAUCAAAUCCAGGCUGAAAUUACCAAAAUAAAAUGUAGUAUCGUACUCGCUUAUCUCACUCUUUCUUAUUUCACUCGUCUCGCUCUCUCUUCUUUUUUCACUCACAAAUCACUAUGUCUCUUGUUCUAGUU